AUGGGUCCUUCAGAAAACCAUAAGUAUAACUUCAAAAUUCUGAUGCACCAGAACUUGGAUCUGUCCAGGCCUACGCACAAUUCAGCUCUCAUGGCAGUACUGCAGGAGAGUCACGUCGAUGCCUCGGCUACUGUCCCAAAAACAAGAUGGCAAAAGGUCCAGGAAAUCAUCUGGGAUGGGCCACGGCCCAAAGAGGAAAGAAAACUGAUACAACGUCUUGACUUGUUUCUGAUGAGUUGGGCAACCUAUGGGUACUUUAUCAGGCUGCUCGACUCAACAAACAUCACGAAUGCAUAUGUUUCGGGUAUGAGAGAUGAUCUCAACUUCAAAGGACGCGAAUACAACCUGUUGUUCACGUUCUUCACUUCCGGUUACCUGGUCGGGCAAAUCCCGUCUCAGCUUCUGCUCACAAGAAUUCGACCAUCGUGGUACCUCCCAACUCUGGAACUCCUCUGGUCAUGCCUCACCUUCACCUUCGCCGCCGUCCAACACGUCCGCCACGUCUUUGCACUUCGCUUCCUGAUCGGCGUUCUCGAGUCCGGUUUUGCAGUCGGCAUCAUCACAAUCAUGGGCUCAUGGUACACGCCGCGCGAACUCGCAAAACGCAUCGCCAUCUUCUACUCCGCGAGCUACGCAGCCAGCAUGUUCAGCGGCUACCUCCAAGCUGGCAUCUACCGUGGCAUGGACGGACACCUCGGCUUGGCGGGAUGGAGAUGGCUCUUCAUCUUCUGUGGGAUCAUCUCGCUUCCUGGCGCAUUCUGGGGCUUUUAUGCUGCUCCGGACAAUCCUUACGACUGUAAAGUGAGGUGGCUGUCCGCGGAACAGAAGCAGUGGUUCGUCGCGAGAGCGGAGAGAUUCGAGAAGGGUCGUCCUGUUGGGCUCUCCUGGGCCAAGAUCCGCAAGAUCUUUUCGGGCUGGCGGAUCUAUGUCGUUACUCUGACGCUUAUAUCGCACUGUAUCGUCACUCAGCCAUUGAACUAUUUCGCCGUCUGGCUGCAGUCGCUUGAUCGGUUCUCGGUCUACCAGAUGAACCUGUUCCCUACCGCUGCGCAAGCCUUAGGGCUAGUCACAACGCUUGCGUAUGGAUGGAUCUCUGAUGGCCUUGGAGGCAAGCGAUGGCAGAUCCUUGUUGUUCCAGCAACUAUCAACUUUGUGGGCAUGGUUGUCGUUGCUACCUACCCAAACUACGGCGCCGUCUUCUUCGGAUUCGUCAUCAACGCAGCGUCGUGGGGCUUCUGGCCAGUCCUCUAUGCCUGGGUCAACGAGUUCUGCCGCGACGAUGCCGAGGAGAGAGCGAUCGUCAUAGGUGUCGCACAGACCUUUGGACAAGCGUUCAUAGCGUGGGUGCCCUUGCUGAUACUCAACGUCGGCAAGUACGCUCCUAGAUUCCAUCUCGGAUUCAGCGUUAUGAGUGGCAUCUCCGUACUCGAAUUCGCGAUGAUCUUCGUUCUGAGAUACUUCGUCAAGCGUGACGGUGAGCAGAAACAGGCGGCAGAGAACUCAGCGAGUCUCACAGAGGACGCGGUGAAGCACGAGAGCGCUGGCGACACACAUGCAAAGACCGCUGUUGAUGUUGACACCCGCGAGACAUCUUUGUAUGGACGGACUAGCAGGUAG